CUGAGGACUGAAGAGGGGGAAGCAGCCUGCACGGUGAGCGGAACUACAAGCAGCCUGCACGGUGAGCGGAACUACAAGCAGCCUGCACGGUGAGCGGAACUACAAGCAGCCUGGAGCGGAGCUGCGCCCUAGAAGACGAUCCUAGUCUCGCCCUCUUGCUGUGCUGACUAGGGAUCUGGUCAGAAGUAUUGGACAUUUCUUUAAGAAGAAAGCUACCGCAUCGACGGGCAGCUCGGCAUAUCAAUCAACAUGUUCAAUCUGAUGAAAAAGGAUAAGGAGAGGGAAUCGGGAAGAAAGGAGAAGAAAGACAAGAAGGAGAGGAUGUCUGCAGCAGAACUGAGAAGCCUUGAGGAAAUGAGCAUGCGGCGUGGUUUCUUCAACUUGAAGAGAGAGGCCAAGCGUGAGUCCAAGAACAAAGUAGAGAUAUCCAACCCCAUUCCAAUCAAAGUUGCCAGCAGCUCGGACCUCACGCUUACCGACAUUGAAUCCGAUGGCAUAAGCAAUAGAAGCGCUGUAAUUCUGGAUGAGCAGCUGUGUGACGACCUGAAGGCUGAUGGAGGAGGACAGGAUGGACAUCGCAACUCCGUUCGAGAUCGCGUCGCACACUUCGGCUCCAUGGCAAAGCAAAACUCAUCCCAGGUGGGACAGAUGAUGAAACGCUUUUCCUUUUCCCAGAAAAGCAAAGAAGAGAGCCCUUCAGAGGGUUCUACGCCAUCGGGCCAAAACUCCACUGCUCCAUCCCCACAGGUGGAGAGCAAAGUCUUCAGCAUGCUGCGCAAACACAGCCUCAACCAGCAGACCACCAAGCCCACCAUCAGACAGGUCUGCAUUCCUCAAGUCGUUCACAAGACCUUCCCUGCUCAGCUGCAACUGCCAGCUCUUGUUGCACCAGUUGCACCUGAAACACGGGAGCUGGUGCUCCAACGUCGCCACACCGGCGAUUUUGGCUUUUCCUUGCGUCGCACCACCAUGUUAGACCGCAGCCCAGAUGGAGGAGUCUACAGGCGGGUGGUCCACUUUGCUGAACCAGGUGCAGGCACAAAAGAUCUGAUACUCGGUCUGGUGCCAGGUGACAGACUGGUGGAGAUAAACAGGUGCAACGUGGAGAACAAGACCCGUGAUGAGAUAGUUGAGAUGAUCCGCCAGUCAGGUGACACGGUGCGGCUGAAAGUGCAGCCCAUCCUGGAGCUCAGUGAGCUGAGCCACUGCUGGCUGAGGAACACUCAGGAACUUCGAAGGGAUGCCAGACAUGUAAAGACAGAAGAGCAGAUAGCCACUGAGCAGGCUUGGUAUGGUUCAGAGAAAGUUUGGCUGGUCCACAAGGAGGGCUUCUCCCUGGCUACGGUGUUGAAGACAGAGCCUGGUUCCCUCCCCGAAGGAAAAGUGACAAUCAAACUGGAAAGUAAUGACACCAUACUUGUUGUGGAUGAGGACGAUGUUGAAAAGGCCAACCCUCCAUCGUACGAUCGCUCUGCAGAUCUGGCUUCUCUGCUCUACCUUAAUGAGUCCAGUGUGAUCCACUGCUUGAGGCAGCGCUACGGAGGAAACCUGAUCCACUCCUAUGCUGGAUCCAACAUGGUGAUCAUAAACCCCCUCAGUACACCCUCCAUGUACUCAGAGAAGGUGAUGCUCAUGUUUAAAGGCUGUCGUCGCGAAGACUCAGCUCCUCAUAUCUACUCUGUGGCCCAGUCAGCCUACCGUAAUCUUCUCACCACAAGGCAGGAUCAAUCCAUUGUGCUGCUGGGAAAGUCUGGCAGUGGAAAAACCACCAACUGCCAGCACCUUGUCCAGUACUUGGCGUCUAUUGCUGGCAGCACCGGCAAAAUCUUCUCUGGUAAGCUGUAGCACAAGCACACACAAUAUUAACCCACCGUGAUAUUGAAAAGUUAACUUGCUCAAAUGUU